UGUGUGCAGUUUUUUGUUUUCAGUUUGCAGUUUGCAUUUGCAAUUACGCUUUGCGGUAGUUGGUCAGUGAGAUUGAGAUACAGAUACAGCAAUGACAAUGUCAACGGCAACGGCAAUGGCGGUCUUAUGUGGUACAUAGUAUGUAUUUAGUAUACAUUUCGGUUUUAGUUGUUGAUAUUUCAGUAUCGGUUUGUUUUUACAUGUGGAUAUACGAGUCAAAAAAACACUUGAUGAUCGGUAUUCAUUGAGAGACGUGUGUGUUAAAGAAGCGGGAGCACGUCUGGCCACGGCCGUUAAAAAUGCAAAUUUACCACCAAAACCAGCAAUAAAAUAUUACCAGGAACGAUGCGGUGCCAGCUGAUGAUCUGUGCGGCCAUCGGAUUAUUCCUAGCAUUCAACAUCAAUGUUAACGAUGCCGUCAUCUUCAAGUUUACAAACAUCGUCUGUGAGAGCUACAAUCAGUCAUGGGUCGUGUUCCGGUACUGUCGACUGAAGGCUGUCGGCCGGGACAAAGUUCAUCUCAACAUAAAUGCGACGAUACUACACCCAGCUUAUAACAUAACAAAUCAUGGAAAGAUAUUCAAGAGAGCAAGUGGAUACAAGCCAUGGCUAUUGGACACCACUGUGGAUGCCUGUCGAUUUAUGCGGAAGAAUUACGAUCCCUUCGCCAAAAUAGUCUUCAGUCUUUUCAGAGAAUUCUCAAACAUUAACCACACUUGUCCGUAUGUGGGACACCAAAUAUUGAAGGAUUUUUAUCUAAAACCCGAGCUGUUGAUGCUACCCUUUCCCACCGGCGAUUAUUUGCUGUCUAUGCGAUGGUACUUCGGCAGAAGGCUGCAGUUUGAUACGAAUAUAAGCUUCGUUUUCGUGGAGGAUCUCCUGAAGAGCUAAUAGCUGGCAGUACCUACAGCAGAUCCCUGAAGAUCCAAUUAAAUUGCAACCAAUUAUUGUAAAUUUUUUCAAAAUGCGAGUCUGUGCAAAUUUAUAAAUAUUAAAUUACAUGAAGUGUACAGAAAUUGGAA